AAUUAGCACAUCGUUUAUUGGAUUAUAAUCUUCCUGUUCGGAAAAAGAUUGAUAAAAUAAAAUUAUCAACAGAGCUGGCAUGGCCAAAAGUACUUAAUGUAUCAAUUAAUAGAAUUGCCGAG